AUGAAGGGAGUGUAUGACAUCGGUGGGAUUGGACUAACCUGGGAUCUGGCAGUCCAGGGAGGGCGAGUCCCGCCUGUAGAGUUCAGUGUAGAUCCACGUGUACGCCACUCGUUCUGGGCUCUGGUGGUGGGAGGCGGCAGCAUGUACAUGGGGUAUGUCUUCGACCAGUCAGCUAUACAGAGAAUAUGUGCUCUUCCUACUGUCAGGCAGGCCAAACUCACCUACGCCCUCACCACAGUCGUGACAAGCAUAUCCUUUGUGACCUUAAGUUUCCUUGGACUCGUGGCCUACAGCUACUACACAGUUCGAGGAUGUGACCCGUUCAAGGCUGGAUACCUCAAGAACAGAAAUCAGCUCGUCCCCUAUUUCGUGAUGGAAAUAUUCCAUGGUUUCCCAGGCAUGUCUGGUCUUUUCUUAGCAACAAUAUUCAGUGCAGCACUCAGUUCUGUGUCUUCCGUCAUAAACGGCCUCGCCGCCAACACCAUCGAGGAUCUACUACGACCAGCGUUUGACCGGUACAACACAACCGAGAAAGGAAAAAUCUUCAUCGCCAAAAUAUCAGUGUUCUUCUUUGGAGGACUUUGCGUGAGCUUGUCUUUUGUUGCGCGGACUCUGCCAGGAACUGUGGUCCAGGCCGCAAUCGGAUUUGUUGGAGCUUGUGCAGGUCCUGUCUUCGGGAUUUUCCUCUUAGGAGCUUCAACUCCGUGGGGAAACAUAGCGGGGGCUGCGUCUGGCUUGGUGGUGUCUCUGGUGCUGAACGCGUGGAUCACUCUCGGCGGCAUCAUGUACGGACGUAGACCUGUACCACUACCACCAGCACCAGGUAACUUCUGUCACGUUCAGGAAGUGGCCAACAUAACAGGCCUGUACCUCCCUGACCCCUUCAACAACAGUACAGGCUACAUUGAUUUCAGCACAAGUUCACCUAUCCCUGUGGCCGGUAUUGACUCAGGAGGUAACCCCCUCUACAACAUCUCAUACAUGAACUAUGCCCUGACGGGAUGGCUGAUCGCGUUCUUGGUUGGGUUGGCUGUCAGUCUGGCGACCAAACACUGGCAUGAGCCAACGAGGGAUGAGAGGCUCCUUCUGCCCUUUGUGAGGCGAUUCUGGAGACUGAACCAGGCAGAUGAACUACAGCAGGCGGUGAAACUGAGGCAUUCUGGGGAGCAUUCUGUGGAAGGACCACAAACUCAAAAGCGGUUGAUCAGUUUUGGAAAUCAAACUUCUGAUAUGAUAUGAUCUGCAUUCAUAAAAAUAUGACUUUACUGUCAGGAAUUGUAGGCGUUUAUAUUACCAUCCUCCCUCACUAUACUAUGUUCGAAGUGUAAUUCAAAUUGAUAAUACGGUUUCAUACAAAAAGAUGAAUAUAUACGUUUAACAUCUUUGAUGAUUCGCUUAGAGGAUGCUUAUUUUGAGCAAUGAAAAUUAUGGAAUGUGUGUGUCACAAAGAGUUUUAUUGACGGAGUUGGAACUUCGUGGUUGCUUCAUAACACUU